AGCAAAUCAGAAUGGUAGGACCAAUCAAAUAGAUGAAGGGUCUGGAUUUUCUGUUUUGCCAUUGGUUUCUAUUUAAGGAAAUCAUGGUGUGGUGAUAGUCGUCGCUGAAUCAUAUCAUGCAAGCUAAGGAAGGGCAACCCUCCAGGAAGCUAGGAACCCAAUAGUAAGCAGACAAUUGUGAGUUUGCUCAACAUUCAGGUACUAGUGGGGAAGAAUGAGUAGUCCAAAUCCAAUGGGGAUGAGCGGACGUAAUCCUGCAGAAAGAAAUAAUAUAUUCUCAUUUCUGAAUGAGAUUUGGCAACAAUGGAACGUCCAAGCCAUCGUUCUGGCGAGUCUAGCCUUCCAGGUAGUGCUAAUAUUUGCAGCUCCGACAAGAACACGAGCCAAGGGCAACCUUCGCAUCCUCACUCUCUGGAGCGUGUAUCUUCUAGCUGACUAUAUCGCUACAUAUGCCAUAGGCCUCAUCAACAAUGGCAGCCAAAUUCGAACUACAGGUAACGAAGCUGCGGCGGCUUCUUGCGGCGCAUUUAAACGCCUGGACCUCGCGCCUCUCUGGGCUCCUUUCCUCUUGCUCCACUUGGGUGGCCCCGACACCAUUACUGCGUUUGCUAUUGAGGAUAACGAGCUUUGGCACCGCCAUUUGCUAAGCUUGAUUGUUCAGCUUCUAUCUGUUCUCCUCGUCUUUUACCGCUACCGUAUACACAAGAAUAGAUUCUUGAUCCCAACGGGGCUCACUUUUAUCGCGGGGGUCAUCAAGUACGCGGAACGCACCCGUUCUUUGAACCGGGCGUCUCUCCCGAAUUUAAAGAAGUCGAUGCGCGAGGAUCCUGAUGCCGGGCCGGAUUACGCCCAGCUUAUGGAGGAAAUGGCGUCUAAGCAGGCGGCGAAUCUUCCCGUCAAGAUCGAUAUAAACCGCGAGAAAGGAGCGAAAGCGGAUACGGGGGAGGAUGGGGGGAUUAUUCAGCUCGAAGAGGUUGAAGUUAUAAGGCAUGGGUACAAAUUCUUCAAGACCUUCAAAGGCCUCAUUGUUGAUCACAUGUUUAGCUUCCUGGAGCGCGACGAGAGUAGGACAUUCUACACAUCAUUAAAGUUUAAGGAUGCUUUUAGAGUGAUGGAAAUGGAGCUCAACUUCAUCUACGAUGCCAUGUUCACUAAGAUGAGCGCCGUCCGUAGCGUCUCCGGCUACAUAUUCCGUUUCAUCUGCACCGCUCUACUUAUAUCUGCCACCGUCACAUUCUCCCUGUCCCUGAAGAAGCAUCAUGACCACCCUAUACAUAUGGGUGACAAAAUUGUCACCUAUUUCUUGCUGGGCGGUGGGGUUGCCUUAGAUUUGAUUGCGAUAAUGGAGCUCAUCUUUUCCAAGUGGACCAUAGCUUCUCUACUUGUGGGUUCCGAGAAGAGUCUUACUACAAGCACCUCCGCCCCGAACUGGAGGAAAAAGCUAGCCAAAGCGAUUCAAAAAAUGAAGGGAAUCAUUCCGACCAAGCGUUGGUCGGAGGAAAUGCAUCAGUAUAGCUUCAUCAAUCACUGCUUACACAAGUGGCCGAAUUGGGUCUCCUAUUUGAUUGACCAGGUUGGGCUUAUAGAGGCGGUUUGUUCUUGCCUAUAUGGUAAAACUCGAGAUGUUGAAGAAAAACUGAAAGAGCUUAUUUUCAAUGAGAUCAAGAGAAAGGGUAAGCAGGCAACCAAAACCAGUGUUGCAAAGGAGAUUUCUUCGUCUAAAGGAGAAUGGACACUCCUUGACUAUAACUGUGGCCCAGAAAUCCAUUUCAGCGUUAGCCAAGAUGUGGAGUACGAUGAGUGUGUGCUAAUGUGGCAUAUUGCUACUGAGAUAUUUUAUUUCAGUAGUUCCAGAGCAAAAUCCAGUAGUGAUGAAGUUCAUGAUGCAGAUAUAUGUAGAUACAUCUCAGAAUACUUGUUGUAUCUAUUGGUGAUGGAGCGGAAAAUGACCUCUGCAGUGGCAGGCAUUGUGGAAAUCAGGUUCAGAGACACCUGCGAGGAAGCCACCAAUUUCUUCAAAAGACAACAAAAGCAGAAAACCUGCCAUUCUCUUCUUGAAACAUUCAAGAAGCUCAAGAAAGCAUGCGGGUUGUACUUGUAUUCCAUGAUGUUAUCCACAUGGGACGACAUUAAAUACGCGUUUACCUUCAAAUGCUUCACAGAAAAGGGGAGAAAGAGGAAGCCAACCCUGUGGGAAGAACACCAGAACACAGAGGAAGACGAGAAAAGAAAAGGAGCGUGUGAGUGGCUAAAAUCAGUGAACCCACAAGUGAAGCCGUCGGAAGUGAAGGGAGAUAGAAGCAAGUCGCUGUUAUUUGAUGCGUGUAUACUUGCAGGGCAUCUGGAAAGGCUGUGCGAUAAAAACACUCCCUAUACUGAAAAUGAAGUGUGGGGAAUGAUGAGUAAAGUGUGGGUGGAAUUGUUGUCUUAUGGAGCCUGCAAUUGCAGAGGAGACGCUCAUGCUCAGUACCUGGGCAAAGGGGGAGAGCUGCUCACAUUUGUUUGGCUUUUAAUGGCGCAUUUUGGACUAGGAGAGCAGUUCAGAAUCGAGGCCGGACACGCCAGAGCAAAGUUGAUUGUGGGAAAGGAGGACAUCAACUAAACUAAUCACUUUAAUUUGGUCAUCCAAUAAAUCAUAUAUGCAUGUAAUCAUCUCAUCUUUCUUUCUCCUCUGGGAUUUAUCCAAAGCAUUUAAUUUCUUUAAUUUGUUAGUUGUAAUAGCAGGUGGCCGGCGGGUUGAUACGUAAUUGUUCUGAUCUACUACAAACUGUUACUACAUUAUUGCUCAUAAUUGAAGUGUCGGAAUAAUAUUUCACU